AUGAGGAACAGGCAUUCGCAAGCAGCUGUUGUCUACGGCGUUGAUUUCAGUGGGGCUGCUGAUGCUGGCAGGAAGUUGUUGGUGGCACGUUGCAAUUUACGCAAAGAAGAUGGAUCGUGGAAGUUAAUGGUGACAUCUAUCCGAUCGGCAGCUGAUCUUCCAGGUGGUGGCUUGAGUCCCGAUCUAGCCACCGCAGCAAUACAGGAAGAGUUGUUGAAGGUCGCGCAGACGGAGGAGGAAGUCAUUGUGGGUGUAGACAGCCCGCCGAGCAUUGCGAGGCAGUUCAUUUCUGAGAGGGAUUGGGUGAAAUGGGCAGCCAAGUUUUCUCAAAGGUAUCCUUCCCCUGCUGCUCUCCGGAAGGCCACGUCUGUACCUAAGAAGCGCAAAGCCAACAGUUGCGUCGAGCCAAAAAGGGUGACAGAUGUCAAGCACAAGACUCCGUUGGCGCCGCAAAACUUGAGGAUGUACAAGCAAACUUGGUGGGCCAUAGCUCAUCUUUACGGCCCACUAACGCGAAAAGGAUUCUGUCUUGUGCCAUGCAUGCCAAGGGGCACGCAUCGGCAUCUGAUCAUGGAAAGUUGUCCAGCUUCUCUUCUGAAACGCCUCGACUUAUAUUCCAAGCCAUACAAGGGACGGGAGAUGAAGCAUCGAAGCCGGCGAAGAUUUAUCAUGAAUUCUAUCAAGAAUGGUGUGCCAGUGGGAGGCAGCAGCAACACGAUGCUGCGUGUGGAUUUCAGUGAAAGGACAGCACCUCGUCGUCUGGUGAUGGACCCUGGUGCUGAUGCGCUGGACGCGGUCUUGGCAGCCGUAGGGGCUGCUUGCUCUGUGCGCCGCAAGAACUUCCCGUCUCCGGAGGAUGGCCAAAUGCUUGACGUCUACAAGCUCGAAGCCCAAAUGUCAAGGAUGUCAAUGGAAGCUGUUGCGAUAGAGCAAAGUAUGAUCAUGCCAUGGGCCUCUGUGGUGCUGGCAAGCUGUACUCUCUUUGUCCACGCGCUGGAGCACUGCCUGCGAUGUCGGAAGCAGUGCAGCGAGCUUUUCGACUUCACCGGAGAUGCGUUGCUCCGUGGCAGGAUUUGGGUUCUAUUCUCCUGCAGCUUCCUUCAUGGCACUCACUCACAUCUUUUGCGGGAGAUGUUCCUCUUGCUCCUUGCCGGAGUGCCAGCAGAGCAGAAGUUAGGUGGACUUCUGUUUCUUGCGGCAUAUCUGGUCUCUGGGGCUUUCGGUGCGCUCUUCAGCUGGCUGACGCUGCGGCGAAGCUUGCGGAACAGCCCAGAUUACGCAGCUAUGCCGAGGCAUCACGUUGAUGCCGUUGCAGAUCUGUCUAACAGCCGUGGAGCCAGCUCCUGCGUUUAUGGGGCAGCCGUGUUGGCCGUUCUGGUAGCUGGCGAUAGUUCCCUUUCUCAAUGCUUUAUGCUAGAUUCCAAUGUUGCAAAUUCCUUCCUGGUUGCAGCUAGACUGCUUCCAGAGUUCAUUUCCCCCCGAAGCAGCAGACUAAAAAAACAUUGUCUGCCGGCCACCUUAAUACUUUGUAUGCUCAUUUUCGGAGCAUUUCGGGCACCAGUAUCGCUUACAGUAGCGCAGGCGGUCAGUUUUUGGUUCUCGCUUCACUGCUUACUGCGUCUCUGCCCUGCCAUAUUGUCCCUGAGCCCGCAGUCGGAGUAUGCAGCUACUGACUAUGCGGGACAUAUCUACGGUGCUUUAUAUGCAGGUCUCUGUGGAGCGUGCCAUUUGUACCUGAACAGCAUUGCCUGGCCUGGUGUUCAUGCAAUCCUGGCUUUGGUGAUCCUUACAUUGUCAACACUUCCUCAAAGAGAAUAUUAG